CCGGCGAAGGCUUGAAGUGCGGGCAGCUGCAGAGGUGAAGCCGGCGGAGUCGAGGGUGCGAGCGGCCAGGGCGGGAGCGGGCUGCGGGAGGCUGCUCGCGCCGGGAGCGCCGGGACAGAUGGGGAAACCAAGGCAUGGAAGUUAACCCACUCGUCCAAAGUCACACAGAUGUGCAUGAUUUGGGAGUUACGCUUUGUGACAUGGACGAAUCUGCACUGACCCUUGGCACAAUAGAUGUUUCUUAUUUGCCAAAUUCAUCUGAAUACAGUAUUGGUCGAUGUAAGCAUGCAAGCGAGGAAUGGGGUGAGUGUGUUUUCAGACCGACUGUCUUCAGAUCUGCAACCUUGAAGUGGAAAGAAAGCCUAAUGAGCCGGAAAAGGCCCUUUGUAGGAAGAUGUUGUUAUUCCUGUACUCCCCAGAGCUGGGAUAAAUUUUUCAACCCCAGUAUCCCAUCUUUGGGUUUGCGGAAUGUUAUUUAUAUCAAUGAAACUCACACAAGGCAUCGAGGAUGGCUGGCAAGACGUCUUUCUUACGUGCUUUUCGUUCAAGAGCGAGAUGUCCAUAAAGGCAUGUUUGCCACCAACGUGACUGAAAACGUACUGAACAGCAGUAGAGUACAGGAGGCAAUUGCAGAAGUGGCUGCUGAAUUAAGCCCUGAUGGUUCUGCUCAGCAGCAAUCAAAAGCUGUCAAUAAAGUGAAAAAGAAAGCCAGAAAGAUCCUUCAAGAAAUGGUUGCCACUGUCUCACCGGCACUGAUCAGACUGACCGGAUGGGUGCUGCUAAAACUGUUCAACAGCUUCUUUUGGAAUAUUCAAAUUCACAAGGGUCAACUUGAGAUGGUUAAAGCUGCAACUGAGAUGAAUUUGCCACUUUUAUUUCUACCAGUUCAUAGAUCACAUAUUGACUAUCUCCUGCUCACUUUCAUUCUCUUCUGCCAUAACAUCAAAGCGCCAUACAUUGCUUCAGGCAAUAAUCUCAACAUCCCCAUCUUCAGUACCCUGAUCCAUAAGCUUGGGGGCUUUUUCAUACGACGGAGGCUAGAUGAGACGCCAGAUGGACGGAAAGAUAUUCUCUAUAGAGCUUUGCUCCACGGGCAUAUAGUUGAACUACUUCGACAGCAGCAGUUCUUGGAGAUUUUUCUGGAAGGCACACGCUCUAGGAGUGGAAAAAUCUCCUGUGCUCGGGCUGGACUUUUGUCAGUUGUAGUAGAUACUCUGUCUACCAAUACCAUCCCAGACAUCUUGAUAAUACCUGUUGGGAUCUCCUACGACCGUAUUAUUGAGGGUCAUUACAAUGGUGAACAACUGGGAAAACCUAAGAAGAAUGAGAGCCUCUGGAGCGUAGCAAGAGGCGUUAUCAGAAUGUUACGAAAAAACUAUGGAUGUGUCAGAGUGGAUUUUGCACAACCAUUUUCCUUAAAGGAAUAUUUAGAAAGCCAAAGUCAGAAACCUGUUUCUUCUCCACUUUCUCUGGAGCAAGCGUUGUUACCAGCUAUACUUCCUUCAAGACCCAAUGAUGCUGCUGCUGAAGGUACAGACACGUCCAUUAACGAGUCCAGAAAUGCAACAGAUGAAUCCUUCCGAAGAAGAUUGAUUGCAAAUCUGGCUGAGCACAUUCUCUUCACCGCUAGCAAGUCCUGUGCCAUUAUGUCAACACACAUCGUGGCCUGCCUGCUCCUCUACAGACACAGGCAGGGAAUUGAUCUCUCCACAUUGGUGGAGGACUUCUUUGUGAUGAAGGAGGAAGUCCUGGCUCGCGAUUUUGACCUGGGUUUCUCAGGAAAUUCAGAAGAUGUAGUCAUGCAUGCCAUACAGCUGCUGGGAAAUUGCAUCACAAUCACGCACACCAGCAGGAACGAUGAAUUUUUUAUUACUCCGAGCACAACUGUCCCGUCAGUCUUUGAACUCAACUUCUACAGCAAUGGGCUGCUCCACGUCUUUAUCAUGGAGGCCAUCAUAGCCUGCAGCCUUUACGCAGUUCUGAAGAAGAGGGGCCCGGGGGCGCCUGCGUCUCCCAGCUUGAUCAGCCAGGAGCAGCUGGUGCGCAAGGCCGCCAGCCUGUGCUAUCUGCUCUCCAACGAAGGCACCAUCUCUCUCCCCUGCCAGACGUUUUACCAAAUUUGCCAUGAAACAGUAGGCAGGUUUAUCCAGUAUGGCAUUCUUAUAGUGGCGGAGCCAGAUGAUCAGGAAGAUAUCAGUCCUGGUCUUGCUGAGCAGCAGUGGGACAAGAAGCUUCCUGAACCUUUGUCUUGGAGAAGUGAUGAAGAAGACGAAGACAGCGAUUUUGGUGAGGAGCAGCGAGAUUGCUACCUGAAGGUGAGCCAGUCCAAGGAGCACCAGCAGUUCAUCACCUUCCUGCAGAGGCUCCUUGGGCCUUUGCUGGAGGCCUACAGCUCUGCUGCCAUCUUCAUUCACAACUUCAGUGGUCCUGUUCCAGAGCCGGAAUAUCUGCAGAAGCUGCACAAAUACCUAAUAACCAGGACAGAAAGAAGUGUUGCAGUGUAUGCUGAGAGUGCCACCUAUUGUCUUGUGAAGAAUGCUGUGAAAAUAUUUAAGGAUAUUGGGGUUUUCAAAGAGACCAAACAAAAGAGAGUGUCUGUUUUAGAACUCAGCAGCACUUUUCUACCUCAGUGCAACCGGCAAAAACUCCUAGAAUAUAUUCUGAGUUUUGUGGUGCUGUAGGUAACUCCUGGCAUGUCUGGCCAGUGACGAGUGUGGGAUGAGUCCCUUGUAGGCUCCUGCCUGUGGCUCGAGAGUGGAAGGUGCCAUCGUGUGGUCGGGCCUGACCUGUCCUGAUGUGACCUCCUGGAAGACAAGUGCCUUCUCCCCUCCGUGAUCUGUGAUCAUCGGACUCUGAGAUGACAUAGCCGCCUACAGAUCACACUUUGGGGGCCCUCAGCCUCCGUUCACAGUUCAUAAUCAAUAGAUUACAAAAUGAAAUCACAAACGAUUAUUUUGGAGUUUAUUAAAGAUUUACAUUUUAAGUAUAACUGUUAAGGACUAAUUACUGUGAUGGACACAAAAAUGUAGUUGAUUCUAGAACUGAAUCAUGUAUAGUAUACUUAAUGCUGUCAGGUAAUUUGUUGGUAUAUUUUCUGAUUAAUGGUUAAUGCUGCCUUUAAAAAUAAUUGCGUCAUCCAUUCCCUGGAUUUUUUUUGUUUGUUUUUGUUUUUUUGUUUUUAUCUUUGUCAAUCGUAGCUAAAUUUUAAGUGGGAACACUUUUCAUCUUAAAGUGCUUUACAGAUGAAUGGGCUAAUAUACAUCACACCCAGGUAUCACUGUGCUGUCUGUUGCAGUCAGAUACAGAAAGUGUUUUAAGAGCUAAGUGAAGACACAAUAUUAGUUUAAGUCAGGAAUAGAGAUAAUGUGACCAAACAGCUAACACCAGGAGAUAAAUUUGGCUGGCGAAAUUCAAGAUAAACCUGGCCAGAAAACUGACUUUGAAAACGUUUGUUCAUAUGAAAUAGUGCCAUUGAGUUUUAAAUGACCAGCAAGUAUUUAGGAACAACUCCUAUUUUAUGUCUGUAUCCCUUCCCACCCCUCAGGUAGUACCUGCCUCUCACAGGUACAGCUGUUUCUUAGAGCAACUGUACUAACUUAUUAGCUUGGCCUGAUAGCCUGUGUUAAAGUGCCCUGGCUUCAGGCUACUGACCCAGUCCUCUCAUGCCAUGCAGACAGGUCGUGCACUGCACGUCUUCUGGGUGGCUGGUACCCACUCACGUUGGGCAGAGUACAACCUGGACAGUAUAUGUGAUAGCCCUGCGGACUGGCAAAUGGUCGGAGGCAUUUAUAGAUUUUUUUAGCUUUGAGGAAGAAAAAAACCACGGUUCUUUAAAAAUGUGUGUGGGUUAUUUUCCUAAACCCCGAUGCCACAUAGUGGCAAAUAAUUAUGAAAAAUUGUUCAUAACAUGUAGGUGCCUUUUUGUGAGCAGGGAUCAUAAUUGUUAGCUAAUUGUGGUAAUUAUAGUGAUUUCUUAAAAAUCAUGUGAUAUUAAAC